AUGCCAAAAGUUUUGUUUUUCCUCACUGCCCUUGCUGUUUGCGCCAUUGUGGGGAUCAACUACAGCCAAAAACGCCGCAAAAAACAGCAAGCAAAUUCCGGUAGUAGCGGCUAUGGCAGCACUGUCAAGACACGACAAUUGCCUUCUUCGUCUUCUUCCAAACAAGAAAAACAAAACAAUGAUGAAUCGACUUUUGCUGAUCAAGAACAACAACAGCAACAACAAACAGAAGACGAAGGGUCCUGGCUUGUUGAUUUCCAAACAUUGCAACAUACGAGUGACGAAUUCAUUGGCGCGAUCUUUCAUUCACUUCCGGAUUGGUCCACGGACGAUCUACCAUCCCUGGAAGCAUUGACCGAGAGAAUGACCAACAUAUACCCCGCGUUCGCUUCGCAAAUGGAAAGUGUGAGACAAACGUAUGAGCAGUUUUGGAACUUUGUGUCCAUGGACGAGUUUCGGCGUAUCAUUGAAGACAGUCGACGAGAAGAUUCGGACGAGUCUCUGCAUCCGGAAAUCGCGUUUGACACGCAAGUAAGGAUGGGUACGGAGCUGUCAAAUGAAGAAAAAAAGUUCAUCGCGGCGCGUAAAAACCGACAGCGAAAUGCAUUUGCGGCGUUCAUAGGCGUCGAUGCCGAUCAAGUUGAUCCACGCGACGUACCUGUCGUUGGUAUUGCGAGCAGUGGGGGUGGAUACAGAGCAAUGAAUGGUGCCACAGGCUACCUGAAAGCCAUGAAAGAGACGGGUAUGCUCGACUGCACCAUGUACACUGCCGGCGUCUCUGGGUCGACAUGGGCCAUGGCGCAGCUCUACAGCCGGUUGACCAACGGAUCUUUCGACACUUUGGUGGAUCAUCUCAAGUCACACAUCCAUACCCAUAUCGCCAAUGUAUCCAACUUCAUUGCCAUCCUCCAGGCUUCUGCUCAGAACGCCAAAACGUUGAUGCAAGGUCUUAUUCAGCGUUACCAUCAGCAAAACGGUACUCUCAAUGUCGUUGAUGUGUUCGGCAUGCUAUUGGGAGGCACCUUGUUGACCGAAAUGCAAACGGUGGUGCAGCUCAAAUUGUCACGUCAGCGACGCUUUUUUGAAGACGGUUCGUGGCCGAUGCCCAUCUACUGUGUGGUGCAUCACGAAGUGCAGGAUCUGUACCGUUGGUUUGAGUUUACACCUUUUGAAAUGGGCUGCGAAGAACUGAACGCGUGGAUCCCCAUCUGGGGUUUUGGACGUCGUUUUGAAAAUGGUAAGAGUAUCGAACGACUGCCGGAACAGACGCUUGGUACGAUGCUUGGUGUUUUUGGCAGCGCGUUUGCAAGCUCGUUAGCUCACUUUUUUCAAGAGAUGCGAGUGUUCCUCCCCGAGGCAGCCAUUGCCGCUGUUGAUUCCACACUGACCCAAUAUAAAGAAAGUCUAUUGACCAUCCAUCCGUUUUCUCCCGCCCGGUUUCCAAAUCCAUUCUACAAGCUUCCGUCGCCACCGACGAUGCCUGAGGAUGAAAUCACCUCAUUGUUUGACCGAGAAUACUUGGAUCUCCUUGACGCCGGUUGUGACAACAACCUACCCUUCUACCCACUGCUCAGAAAAGAGCGUCAAGUCGAUAUGAUUAUCGCGUUAGACCUUAGUGCCGACAUACAAACGGCCGGACAUCUGGAACGCGCAGAAGGGUAUGCACAACGGCGUGGGAUUGACGGAUGGCCAGCUGAAGCUCGAUGGCCUCUGCAAGAACAGGCGUCGCAUGAGGAACACAAGGAUGUCAAAGACGAUGAGACUAACAAUAACAAAAACAAUCAUGCGACGCCGGGUGAAAAAUAUGGUCUCGGGACCUGCACUAUUUUUGAGGGCAGCCAAACGACGAUGGCAUACUUUCCACUGAUACCCAACGAAAAGUACGAUGCGGAAUUCGAUCCUCAGUGUGCUGAAUUCUGUAGCACGUGGAACUUUGUCUACUCGGCCGAGCAAGUGGCCAAGCUCGUGGGACUGGGCGAAGCCAACUGGCGAGACAAUAUGGAUCAAGUGAAACAAACACUCAAGCUGAUUUGGCUAAAGAAACAAAGGCAGCGAACGACUGGUAGUUGGCCAUCCCCGACGUCAUCGUCAUGA